UAGUGGUAUGUGCUGCGUAUUUAAACAACAAAGGCUAAGUAGGAAGGCACAUCGCAAUGCACAAAUAGGCAAGAGCGACGGGGAGCGAGGACGGCCUGCCUAUUAUGGGGAUGGGCCAACACACUGUUUGACGUCAUGGUGUCGUGGGUUUUUUGCGCCUUCACUACUUUGUUCUGGUCUGAUCGGGGGUGCCUGAGAGAGGAUAGAUACAGGCUGUCAGUCUGGGGAGGGAAGGUUUGUACGACCAUGAGGUCAUCACUGAAGCCAGUGUCGCAUAGGGCAGGAUGCUAUCCUGAAACUCCACCGCCAGCUCAGGAGGUCUGGGCCAAACAAUCCACGGGGAUCGGCAGUACGGGCCAGGACCGGAUGGAUGCGCGGAUCAUCACUAUGAUCAUUGCGCAUCAUGAUAAAAACCAGCAGGCAGGCAGGCAGGCAGGCAGGUAAGCUGUCUCGCUCUGCAUACGAAAGGGGUGGGGACGGAGG